AUGUUUGCCGAUUUUCGAAUUCAACGAUGGAUCAAUUGCUAUGAUAAUCGGGGCAAUUAUCUUCCAUUUGACUUGCGAAUUGAAUUCGAAGCUUUUUUAAGCGGGGAACUUCUUGUCACAGUGUAUGAUUUGAACAUGGCGCCAAUUGGUAACGGAUGGACUCAAAAAGAUCCAGUCGAUCAUCCAUUCAAUAUGACAUACACAAAUAUUAAACAAGUCGAGGGAGAUAACAGCCAAAAUUGUCCAUCAGAAAUGGGGCUGAGAAUCAAUGGGACAAAGGUGAAAGUAACCGGAUGCAAGACAGAACUUCUUUUCCGUGGGUUUGUUCGAGUAUAUUCUGAACGAUGUACAAUGAAUCUGAAAGGAGAUCAACGCUUUGAUUGGUUUCCGGAUGAUCCAGAUCUCGCUGCAUUCACUAAAGGAUCUUCGUUUGCUGUCCGAGUCAAACAAUGGAUUUAUCUCGAUUAUGAUUAUCAAUUGGAAACAUUGAAUCCAUUUGUGAUGGAUUCGAGUGCAAUUGAUAUCACUUACCCGACAUCUUCUCGUCCUCUUUAUGUCCUGCUUCCACUUCGAAUCAAUUUUUUCGACAGAGUCAACCUCCGAGAUAAUGAUCCUAAAUGCUUCUUGGAUUUGUUCAUCGGAAUGCCACCGGGAAAAGUAUCGGAUGGACUUGAUCGAAAAUUGCGUCAUGACAAAAUGAUCACUGAGAAUCUCGAAUCCUCUCUUUACAAUAUACUCAUCCCACCAAAAUGUUCUCCUCAUUUAGUGGCCGACAAUGAAACCAAUUCUAGCCACGAGCCGUUGGCUCUUUCCGGGUGUGGUGAUGGAUCGAUCUUGAUCAACACUCAAGCAUUUCGAUCACGUUUCGACAAAAUGUUUGCUGAUUUCAAAAUUGAACGAUGGAUUCAAUGCUAUAAUAAUUCUGUGAGUUUCGCGAUUAACGUGCGAAUCGAAUUCGCGACGUUUUUGAGUGGGAAACUUGAUGCCAAAGCACUCGAUCUGAACUCGAAUUUAAUUGAGGAUCAGGGG